ACCCCCACCUGAUGUUGAAUAUUUGACGCGCCAACUUGAACGAGCCUGGACGACAAGCUUAUCAAAAUGCAAGCAUUUCAGUUCGUGGAGCAAGGCGGCGGCCUACAACUUCAAAAUCUACCGAUUCCUCAACCUGGCCCGGGCUGGGUUCAGCUGCAAGUUAAAGCAGCCGGAUUGUGUCAUUCAGACUGCCAUAUAUUGAAAAGCCCCGAUGGGGUUAUCCAGCGACCUAUUACUCUCGGCCACGAAGUUUCCGGAGUAAUAACAGCUCUCGGUCCCGAUGUAAAAGGGUUCGAAACCGGCGAUCGCGUUACUGUCGGCCUUUUCUCAUACCCCAUCAAACUUCGAGACUGGACAAUGGCAAUUGGUCUUGGAUUUGACGGUGGUUAUGGAGAAUAUGUACUGGCACCAGCGGCAAGACUAGUCCACAUCCCGAACGGCCUCCCAUUUUCUCAAGCUGCGGUGGCGACCGAUGCCAUGGCGACAUCCUAUCACGCUGUGGUGAUCGAAGCCGCUGCAAAACCGGGCAUGACGAUCGGCGUCAUUGGCAUCGGUGGCCUUGGGAUGUCUGGUCUCGGUUUUGGAGUCCUCAAGGGGGCCGAAGUCUACGGCAUCGACAUAUCCGAGUCCAAGUUUAAAGAAGCAAAGAGGUUGGGUGCUAGUGGAUGCUUCAAGAGCCUCGACGACGCUACGGAUGUGGAAUUUGAUGCCAUUGUUGAUUUUGCCGGUACAGGGGAGACAACCAAACAAGCCAUUGAGAAAGUGAGCGAAGGGGGCAAAGUUGUGGUUGUUGGACUUGCAGCUUCCGAGAUCACCAUCCCUAGCUACGCUUUGAUUGGUCGUAGUGUUAGUUUGAUAGGGUCAUUUGGAGCGAGCGAAAGGGACUUGAGAGAUGUUUUUGAGCUCUUGGCAAACAAGUCAAUCGAGCCUGAGCUGAAAGAGAUCCCCUUCGCAGAGAUUCCGGCGGGACUUGAUGCGUUGGACAGAGGCGAGACUCAAGGAAGGCUUUGGUCAGAUCCAAGCAAGGCCAAGACUGGCUCAAGUAAAUUGUAAUGAUCUUUAUAGCUUGAAAUUGCCAUUGCGGCUUUAAGGCCUAUAAUUCAAUGCAACCGUGGAAUCUAAAUUCCGAU